GCUGCCACGUCAUUCACCACCGUCGCGCGCAUCCCUCGGAGACUCUGACGUGUCUGUCCACAAAACCGGCAGCUGGGAGAAAAAUAAUAAAACUGACUAUAAUCUCACAGGUGACACUAAGCGGGGAUCAUGGGGGGAUCGCAGAGUUUGGAAAUUCCAGGAGGUGGUUCGGAGGGCUAUCACGUUCUCAGAGUGCAGGAGAAUUCUCCCGGGCACAGAGCAGGACUCGAACCCUUCUUUGACUUCAUUGUGUCCAUCAACAACACGAGACUGAACAAGGAUAAUGACACGCUGAAAGACAUAUUGAAGGCUAGCGUUGAGAAACCUGUGAAGAUGCUAGUGUACAGCAGCAAAACCCUCGAGCUGCGGGAAGCCACUGUUACUCCCAGCAACAUGUGGGGCGGCCAGGGUCUUCUGGGGGUCAGCAUCCGCUUUUGCAGCUUUGAAGGAGCCAAUGAGAACGUCUGGCAUGUUUUGGAAGUGGAACCAAACUCUCCUGCAGCAUUAGCAGGAUUAAGACCACACACCGACUACAUCAUCGGAGCAGACACAGUCAUGAACGAGUCAGAGGACUUAUUCUCAUUGAUAGAAACCCAUGAGGGCAAAGGCCUGAAACUCUACGUCUACAACACCGACACGGACAACUGCAGAGAAGUGGUCAUUACGCCCAACGGUGCCUGGGGUGGAGAGGGCAGUCUCGGCUGCGGCAUCGGCUAUGGUUACCUGCACAGAAUCCCAACUCGGCCCUUCGAAGAGGGCAAGAAAAUAAGCUUCCCCGGACACACCCCCAGUGAACCCGCCAGCCCGCUAAAAGACGGCUUCACAGAGGUUCAGCUGUCUGCAGUGACUCCGCCCCCUGUGUCACAGCCUGUUCCCACAGGACUUGAGGACAGUCUGUCCUGCCUGUCACUCAGCUCUGCCCAGCCCUCAAUGCCCAGCGAGCUCCACACAGGUGUUCCUACAGUCCCCCUGCUGCCCACUCAGGUGACCCCAGGGCUGGGUACCCUUCCCAUUGUCAACCCCUCCACCACUGUACCAGGUUUGAUGUCCUUACCGUCUGGUCUCCCUCCCCUGCCAAACCUGCCUAACCUCCCGAACCUUAAUCUACCGUUACCGAACCUUAGCGCUGUAUCUUUAGCUGGAAUCAGUGGGUUACCUCAUAAUACAGCAGGUUUGCCCCCUCUUCCUCCUCUGAACCUGCCUGGCAUCUCUCCUCUGCCCAUGCACCCCGUUCUAUCUUCCACACUUCCCAGCAUGCCAGGCGUCACGCUGCCAUCUUCCCUGGCACCAUCUGACUUCGGACCGCCCGUCUCCUUAGCGAACGUGCAAACUCCAGCGCUCAUACUGGAUGCCACACCUAACCCUGCGGUCAAAGACAUGCCUGUUACCACCGAGACCCUCUUACAGCAGACGACCCCGGAGUCCUCGUAACGACCCCAUCCGCUGUACGUCUCUAUUGUAUUUAUUCAGUACAAAAAGAUUCCAGUGUGCAAACACACACAGAGAUAAGCACGGUUCUGUUGAGAGAUGCCAGUGUCUGAGGUCCGAGAGUAAUGAGCGUGUGGACCGAUAUCUAAUAUUAAAACGUACAGUAAGAU